CGUGUGCGGAUUUUUUCAGUGAGUUUAUUCACAAGAAUCUACUCUUGAUUUGGACUCAUAGCCACAAUAGUCGUUUUCUCGUUCACACUGGUCAGAAUUGAAUAGGCACAGAGAAUCAAUCCAUACAACCUACCGAAGCAAGURUUAAAUGAAUCGGGCCAGUCACAGUCCACACAAUAAAGUAUCUCCUAUGUACGGAUUCGUCGGUCAGCGUGUGGCGAAGGAGUUYUACCUGCCGUCCCAUCUCCCUACGCCGAAAGGGAGGAGGCUUCGACAGAUCCAGUCGCACUCCUUUGAUGAAAACGGGGUUUUAUUUUUCAGAACGCGAUGCAUUCAUCCAACCCAGGGGGAAAUAGUAGUUAACGURCCAUUCAGUUCGUUUCGAAUGUACGAACCUUUUCAGUGCGCCAAGUACAUUCAAGAACACAUUGCGGAGAAGCGCSGAGGUCGACGUCCUUGCAAUGAGUGGGCUGACAAAGUCCUGAAAGWAAAGCACAUGCCGAACGGCGGGAAAAGGAAAGACAUUUUCUUCGGUACCGUGAAACGUACAACAUUUGUYAGGGGCCGACGGCUCUGGCGCAUCAAGUACGACGACGACGACGAAGAAAGCCUGGACAUAUUCAAAUUUCACGAGGCACUCGAUUUGUACGAAAAGUGCAAGGAACUCGACUUCCSGRAAAACCACACUCGUCAUGAAUUUUCCAAACAAAUUGUUUGUGAGAAGGAAAACAUGAAUGCUAAGAUACACAAUAACUCAUUGCAUCACCAAUUCUUAUGUGGCAGGAAUGAAAGGCAGCAGAAAUCGAUUGGAAGGAGUAUUCCUGGCCAGGAAAAGUGUCUCGGGAAGACCCCCAAGCAAGAACUUCAUAUAAGUCCCASAAGGAUCACCCAUUGGCAGAAAACUACACAUUACAAGAAAGUUGCGACUCRGAAAGCUACAAGCGGGAGGUACUAUACCGAAAGAAGCGAUCAAGAAUUGCACAAGCAGACAAAAAGGAUCAGCUGUGACCAGGRCGAGRUGGCCCAAACCGCAACAAGCCAUAUUUCCAAGAAGCGAAAGCUCCUGAAAAAACCUCUGUUGCGGUUGAGAAAUCAUUUUUUCGACGAGCAUGGUGAACUAUUUUUUGAAGCGCAAUAUUUCGGAAAGUUUGAAAAGACAUUCAGUAUGCCAUUCGCAGAGCUGAAAAAGGAAGAGCCCGUCAURUGUGCCAAGUAUAUUCGUGAAUAUAUUUCUGAAAGUCGGCGCGGUGAACGUCCGCUGAACAACUGGUCUAAAAUAGUAUUGAAAGAGGAAGGGUCAAGAGUGGCCCGACCAUCAUAUUCAGCAAAAGAAAGCCAUUCAUCAAUAUCAGAAAUCCAAUCCUACAAUMUCUUGGAUAAUAAAUACAUUUYUCGGCGUGUGGCAAAGGAAUUUUCCUGUYCAGACUCUGAAAUUUUCUUUGGGACAGUAAAGAGUGUAUUUGAGGAAAUCAAAACAAGUUCUCCAUUGUGGCACAUAAUUUACGACGAUGGUGACGAAGAGGACAUGGAUCUGAUGGAAUUGAAGCACGCUCUUGACUUGUACAGCCGAUGCGAAAUCCUUGAAGACACUCUAGGGGGUCAUGGAUGUAAUGCGAAGGUUGUUGAUMAAUAUAGGGAGGUGGAAUGAUUUCGAUACCGUCGAUYAUAUGGUGAUACASGAUAGGAAGGGUUGCCCCAACUCGAGCAAUGUUGGGGUUGGGGUUUUGGGGURCCUCAAGCUCGAAAAUCCAAGAAGAAACCAGAGCAUGGCGAAUCAAGAGAUGAUUCAGAGAAACGUGAAAGGUCUGAUGAGUCUCACAGGAAGCAUUCAGAAAGGUAGGAAAGGAUCCCACUAAAAUGGAAAGAUUCGUGCCCGGCCCAACUUGGUGGCAAGAGAAUCAUCAAUAAAAUGCAAAGAAGAUUAAUUCAAUGAAKGUGGACCACAACGUUGGACUUCUUAUUUUAAAUAAAYGGAAAACUCGAUCGCAAUUAUCACGACCACAACAAAAAGGAUUAAAAACUGGGCAUUUCAUUUCAAAAUAAGUGCGGUCUAACUGGAGGAGUAAGGUACUUCACUUUACACCUACGGGAGGUUGAUGUAUAACACUACCCUAAUUCGAGCGAAGGAUAUUACUAUUUUCAYAGAAUUCCGAAUUAUUCAAACC